UAGCUGGACGGCUUGCAACAGAGCGUAGCAAUCUAUUGAAUUUCUGCAAUUUGUUAUGACGUAUUGGAAAACCAUACUGUUCUAUGUUUAAUUAUUAUGCGCGCAAAAAAGCCUUGCCAAGGCAGACGUGUUCACGACUUGUACGUAGAAAGAUGUCAACGACACUUUUAAGCACGUAUAUACAACAACUUGAGGAACAUGCGAAGCCUGGCACAAACGAUCGACGGUACAUGAGCUAUGUCAAGUAUAUCAAUGCAUUUCUCAGCUGCUUUGGUAAAGAGAGAGCUUAUUUAGUGGGAAGUACAGGAGAACAGCUUAAGUUGAGAAGGUCACAAAAUGACGGAGACGUUGAUUUUCUUCUUUGCUCCGGAAGACUUGAAAUUCCAAUUGACAACAUAGAGGAGAGGCCAGACUUGCGCUGUUACAUUAAAAUUCGGGGAGAUAAUCUCAGACCAGACCUACGCGGGGAUUUAAUUGAUGGGUACCUCUCGGCAGAUAUUUUGAGAGAUGUCCGUCCAGAACUCUUUACUAUCUUAAGAGCAAUAUACACAGAAGUUACCUCUAAUGAUACCAUUCCAAGACGAGAAAGUAGGGUUACAAUGAUUGGAGUCCCGAUGAAAGUUGGUCUGGGUACAACAGAAUUCCGAAACUUGGAAAUUGAUGGCGAUAUUUUACCAUCGCAGAAAUCCAUUAAGCGACAUAAACUUGACAGGGAUGCUCAAGUAGUUGCACACCUGAAGAAACGAUGGCGAAGCGUUCAGUUAAAUAUGUCCGAUAUGAAAACAUUUCAGAGAAUACUGAAGAUUGUGAGAAUGACAAAGGUUCCCGGAAGCAAAGGGGAAAACCACGGGAAGAUAAAUAAAUUUGCAGAUUUGUUAGAAUCUGUAAUGCAGAGGAUCCCCCUUGAGCAGGAACAAGGUCCUGAUGAUGGUGUGGGGCAUUCUAUUGAUAAAAAGGAGGACGAAGCAGAUGUGAAAGUAGAACGACAGCCCAUGGACGUAGAAGACAAGAAAGUUAAAGCUACAUUUUCUGGUAUGAAAACAAAAGAUUUCGUUCCAGCUUUAAGAGUCGUAGGCGACAGGAAACUGAAUUGUCUUGUUGACUGGAGGAAAAGAGUCGAAAAAGCAAACUGGCCUCCGAGAAAUAUUGCCGAGGAGAUUUUUAAUACAGACAUCUUCUUAGUUGCUAGGGAUGCACCAGUUAAUCCGGACCACCAGAAAGAUUUCUGUCUGUCCUUCAAUUUAGCAGAGAUGAAGCUUGGGCAAUGUUUGUCAACAACACAGCGUCGAGUGUAUUUGAUUUUGAAGUCAUAUCUUAGCGGUAUUCUACAGAGAGUGCACAUGGCAUUGGGUAUGAAAGAAAUGAAAUUUAAAACAUACUAUCUCAAAACCGCAUUCUUUUGGGUGUGUGAACGUGAAGAUGUAACAAUCUGGAGCGACCAAAACAUCAUUACAGCCAUCAAAAAGGUGUUGCACUUUCUUCUUCUAUGUCUGCGAGAGAAGAAACUGUCCCAUUAUUUUGUGAACAGUAACUUGUUUGCUGAACUAGAUGAACUAAACUGUGACAUCCUCCAGAACUGCAUCCAGGAAAUACUUUGCGAACCAGUUGAUUGUAUUGGCGAGUUUAAGUUCAUCAAGAAAGGUGACAAUAGUAGAGGAGAGAUUUGGUUGACUGCAAAUGAGGUGCAGAGCCUUACGGAACUGGGGGAUGAUGGUGGCAGGCUUAAACAUUUAGAUAAACUUGAGGAUGCAAUGAUCGACAUGCAAAGAGGAUUUAAUGGUAGCACAAGAGAUGCUCAUGGAAGGGCUCCGAUAAAAGAAGCAAUACUAAAGGUCUUUGAUAUAUUUCUUGAAGAAGAAAGACAAAAACAGAUAACAAACAAGACAUCAGACAUGUCUCUCGGAGGUGCAGCCGCUACAAAUCUGUCGCAGUCUAUGCCAGGUGUGAAUAUGUCACAGACCUCGGCAAUUACCGGUUUACUGAACAACUUCGUCACAGGAGGAGGAAGUCAGUCGAUGAACAGCCGCGAGGCUAAUGAAAGAAUGGACUUCUUAGUUGGGCUGGGAUCUUUGUUCCGCGGAGGACCGGAAAUCAUAGCUAAUUUAGGUGGACGUGAGGGAGUACAGAAUGUUCUACAACAAUCAACAGACCAGAGCGUUGACUAUGUAUUGGAACUGAGGACCGCCCUUGACAAGUAUUUGUCAUGUGGUGAUGAAGAUGAAGAACGUCAAGCACUUGAACUGAAACAGAAAGUUGCUGCUUACUUUAUUGGAAGGCAAGAAUAAUCGCAGUCGGCAGUAGCUAAUGGCAAUAAAACUGUAAAACGCUUUUGAAUAUAUAUGCAGUGUCGUUGUAAAAAUUGAACAUAUGUUUUCACUAAAUAUAACAUCAGGCCUGCAUCUACAAAGGAUUUCUCUCUAUCUGUUCUUUUGGGGGUGGGUGUUGUGGGGGGGGGGGGGGGGGAGCUUUAUCUCACUCUGUCCCUCUGGUCGAAUCGCUCUGUGUCUGUACUAGUAGAAGAUGAAUUUCGCGCCCUGUGUGCCUGCGUUCGCUAUUCGAAAAUGUUUAUCGUGAAAAGGGCGCUAUAUAAAUCUGGUAUAAUAAUAAUGAUAAUAAUCUAGGCUGUGCAUUGUAAAUAACGCUUUUUGAUAACAGACAUAUACAUUAUUAUGCAGAUAUGAUCAGUCAUUUUACAAUACAAAUUAGUGUCGUAAAAUGUAAUUUACAUGUGACCAUUACCUUUACUAACGUCGCUGGACUGAACAAAAUGCUUCGAUUGAUUUAGAACAUAAUAUAUUUGUUUAUUACCUGUGCAUUGACUAUAAGCAUUGUUUAACAUGAUACAUGUGGAGGAUAUAAUGUUAACAUAUAAGAAAUAAUGGUUAAUAUAUGGAUGAAACAUACUACCAUAUAGAUGAUACAUGUAAACAUCUGAAUGAUGAUAUGUUUUAAAAUAUAGAUGAAACAUGUUGGUAUAGAAAAUUCAAGUAUUCAUGAAGAUGGAGAGUACAUAGUUAUCAUUUAUAUUUCCUAUUUUACAUAUAAGUAAUACUUAUUAUAGCUAAAAAUAAAUUGAUCAUUUCA